UGUUUGUAACCAACAAAAAAAAGUUGGUGAAAACAUGAUGGUUAGAACUUGUCCAUGCACUCUGAGAAUGACCAAGCUGUUACCUAUCUAUUACCUAUGCACAGCAUCUGAAGAGGUUAAGAUUCAGAUUUCCUUUUGGAGAAGUUAAAGAUUUGAUGAUCGAUCACAAGAAAUUGAUAGAGAGCAACAACACAAUCAACACUACAUUGUGGAUUAAGGUUUAAGACUGAGAUAGUGCAUGGGAAGCAAGUUUGAUCAUGAAAGGAUUAUAUGAAGAGGCCAAACCAUCACCCCAGAAUUCAAACUCGGCAUCAACUAGCGGCCAUUCUAAAGAAGAUGAUCCAGAGAUAGGUUCCAAUGCAUUGUCAAACAGUGCUGAUCAUCAUGUCUUGAAGAACUCUACCUUCUGUUUUCCACUCGAAAUCAAUCUAAAUCUCUUGCGUGCGGUUGUGGCAGAGAUGGUUGGAACUUUUAUCUUGAUGUUCUGUGUAUGUGGGAUCAUAGCAAGCACACAACUGCUGAGAGGAGAAGUGGGCCUUAUGGAGUAUGCAUCCACAGCAGGUUUAACAGUAGUGGUUGUGAUUUUCUCCAUAGGCACCAUCUCUGGUGCUCAUGUUAACCCUGCUGUCACAGUAGCCUUUGCAACCUUAGGUCAUUUCCCAUGGUCCAGGGUUCCUCUAUACACAAUGGCACAAACAUUGGGUUCUGUUCUGGCAGCACUCGUUGGAAAGCUUGUUUAUGGCAUAAAAUCAGAUCUCAUGCUCACCAAACCAGUACAAAGCUGUGUUUCUGCCUUCUGGGUGGAGCUUAUAGCAACUUUCAUAGUUUUGUUCCUUGCUGCUUCUAUGAUACAUCAUGCUCAAGCUGUUGGUCCUUUAUCUGGAUUUGUUCUUGGCAUCGCCAUUGGACUAGCUGUGCUAAUCACCGGGCCUGUUUCAGGAGGAUCACUGAACCCAGCAAGGUCCCUCGGACCAGCUAUUGUUUCAUGGAACUUCAAGGACAUUUGGAUAUACGUUUGUGCCCCAACAAUUGGAGCUGUUUCAGGCGCUCUCCUUUUUCAAGUUUUAAAACUUAGAGUCCCACCCUCCAAUCCCAGCCUCACCUCCUCUCCUGAUACAUGUCGACUUGGGUGAUCCAUAGCCUAUGGAGCAAGGUAGUAGUUAGUGCACGAGAACUUGAAGUUGAUGUCAUGUACUUCUGUGAUAUUAUGUCAGAAUAGACAUCAGCUGCAACCAAAUCAAGUUCCAAACCACAACUACUACUAUCCUAGAAUAAUUGGUGAUGAUAGUUUAAUUUCUUACCAACUCUCUGAAUUAGUAAACGAAAGCUGGAGUGAAUCUUUCCAUCCGGUAGAUAUUUUUUCC